AUUAAUAAUUAAUUUAAUUUAAUUUAACAUUUAUUUUAAUUUACUUAUUUUUUAAUAAUUUUAAUAAUAUAACCGAUGGAAGAGGUUAAGAGCAGCUCUAAGGUAGUUCAUAGACCUAAAACAGAUCCAGUUAAAACUCAAUUGAGUGACCCUUUUAUGAUAGUUGCUUCUGUUGGAUGUUUUUUUUCAGUAUAUCUCAGAUCUCAGUAUUUAUUGUUUGGAUUUUUAUUAUUUCUUUUAUCGAUGUUUUUAACUUCAAGAAAAGGCGCUUUUGGGUUUGCUUCACUAACUCCUUUCUACGGGAUGUUGCCCUCAUUAAUUAAAGUAACUGGCGAAGUUUUUAGAUGCAUUGUCAAUGGUGAACCUCUUUAAUUACUCAUUACUUCAAUUUAAUUACUCUACUGGUAUAUAAUAUGGAUG